AUGAUCAUAAUAAACAUUAUUCAAAUAAUCACGUGUUUACUACUUUUUCCUCAACUUACAUUCUCUUUAAAAACUUUAACAUACGCAGAGUCCAACCUUUUUCCUGCAGAGUUUGAUACUACAACAGAUGGAACCGCAGUAAUUCGUCUACAACAGCGUCUUCCAAACAAACAAUGCGCAGAAUCAAGAGUUAUAAUGAGAUAUAUUCUACCUAAUGGAAGUUUGGUGUCAAAUGAUGUGGACUUUAAGUUUGAUCCUAUUAAUUUUUGUCCAGUGGAUAAAAUCGAAAUUCAUCCGUUAGCUAGAAAAUUCAGUUUAUUGUUAUAUUUAAAUUCUACGACUCCAGGUGUCAGUACCGGAAAUGUAUUGGUACAAUAUGCUAUCAUGAUAAUUAAUCAGGAUGGGAAAAUAGUUCAAAAUGAUUUUCCACCGCUAAGCACUCCAUUCAUGUCAAAUGUGCCUGCAAAAACAAAAACAGUUUUGAACAAUAAUGGUGAUUUUUUGUGGACAUUUAGACCUAAUAAUAACGAUUCAAUUAUUUAUGCCAAGUUUACUUCACAAAAAUUAAACACUGCGAUAACAGAUCUUACUACACCACCAAUAUACACAAUGUCUGCGAGUGGAAGAUUUCAAACACCAAGCAAUUUAAAUCUUCAACUUCAAAAUUAUACUACUUUUCCUACCUUUUAUGGUCACUUUGCGAUUGCUUUCACUGCUCGAUAUAAUGCUUCCUCUACAACAUCCCAAUUAUUCACUUAUUGCACUUUUCUAAUCUCGGAAACAAACAAUUUCAUAGCUCCAUUAAUGAUAUACAAUCCUACUACCUUAUUGACAUCAUUAGAAAUUAUGCAAUGCGGUGAAUCAUCAUUUGAAGGGACUGCGUUCAAAUGCUUACUAUCUGCUACUCAGAGUAACUCUAUCUCCAGAAUACAGGUUUCAUUUCUAUUAACGGGUCUCAUUACCGAAUCAAUUUCAAUUCCUAUUGACAAUAUUACAUCCAAUUCUAUAAAAACGAUAUUGUUAGAUCCGUUAUAUUUUGGUGGUUAUUUACAACGAAUUUACUUAAAUAAUAGUGAAAUUAUUGGAAAUAUUUUUGAUGUUAAAGGAAAUUUAAAAGGAAAUUGGGAUUUAACCUUAGCAAAUUUAAAUUUUAGUAAUAUUGUGAUUAAUGGUGGAUCAAAUGGAAACGAAGGUGGUGUAGGCGUGUUUAGAAAUAAUACUGCGAUUUUAGUCUUGAAUGAUGGUGGUAAUGGUUCAACAUGGAGCGUGGUAACGACCGACAUUAUUAAAAUUUAUAAUCCAGAUAAUCCUCUAAUAAAUCCAAACAUAGCAUCAGUUUCUUUACCAAUGAACACUACUACAAUGCCACUAGAUGCAGCUCCCUUGUCCAUUACAUUUUCUAAACCUAUUACAUUAUCUACUGGGAAUAUUUCAAUAUUCCAAUUUAUUUCUUCAACCAAUAUUUCAAGCGGUGGAGCUUUGUUGAGGCAAACAUUUUCGGGCAAUUCAAGAUUUUGCACAUUAGAUUCUUCUAAUACUGUGGUCACUGUUACGAUGUUACAAAGUACAUUUAAUCAACCAAAUGAAGCAUAUUUUAUCAAAAUAGAUGAUGGGUUUGCCAGAAGUAAGGCAACAGAUAUGGCACUCGUCGGUGUUGUAGAUGGUUUUUGGAUUGUUUCUACUCGUGAUUAUUCGGAUACAUAUUCAAGUGCGGUAACAGCUCUCAUAAAACUUUCAAACGAUUUCUUAAACAUCUCAACUACAAAUCAUUCUCAAUUUCUUUCUCAAUUAAUAUCUCAACUUGCGCAAAUUACCCCUAUUUCUCUAUCUCGAUUAUCAAUUUCUUCUAAUUUUAAAUUUACCUCAACUGAUUCAACUCAAGAUGGUUUGAUAAUACCAAUUAUAAUUGGAACAGAAAAAAAUGGUGAAAUUAGAAGUGCAAGAGUAAUAAGUGAUUUAGAUACUUUAAUCAAGAAUCGUGAUAUUUCUCCAAUGGGAAUGAUGAAUUUGACAUCAAGAAUUGAUGAAGGGUUUGGUGCCCAAUGGAAUUCUCUUUUAAUUGCCUUAUUUUCUUGCAUUAAUUCUGAAUUUUUUCAUUUACUUGACUCACAUUUAUUUACAUCCAAUCCCGAUCUAAAAUCUACUUCUAAAAAAAAGAAAAUGGAAGAAAUAGAAGGAGAAUGGAUGUGGAUAGACGAAGAGGACGAAAGAAAGAAUUGCUUUAAAACAUUUCAAAGAAUCCUCACAAAUCUUUUUAAGGUUACGUAUAGUGAGAAAGCUAAAAUGUGGUUAUGGUGGAUGAGUAUUAUUGGUGUAUUUAUGCAAGAUCUAGGACAGCUUAUCGUUCAGAUAUUAUACAAACAAAAUAUUAUAGUUUAUACUAUCAUACCAUUACUUACACUCGUAACAUCAUUAGUAAUAGUAACAAUAAGUUUAAUAAGGUGGAUUUGGCAUACUGUUAAGUAUAUAAAUAAGAGAAGAAAAAGACAAUAUUCUAUUUCUGAUGAUGAAAUGAGUAUUAAUUCAUGA